AUCCUGCAUUGAACUCCCGGGUCAUCAGGUCUCUUCUUUUAAUCAGAUCACCUUCAUCAUGGUUCCAGCUUUUCUUUUCCUCCUUUUCCUCUCAGGGACAAGUGUCUUACUGAGCACAGCGGUCGACGUUGAUGAUGAUGAUGAUGCCUCAACAGAAACACCGAUGCUGCUUGAUGACAUUGUCAUACCUGAUAUAAAGACCAGGAACGCAGACCCAUGCACUGCCAGGGGCUGCAAGUGGCCCAAAUCUGGACGCUUUGUCUACGUGCCCUACGAGAUCUCCUCUGCCUAUAGUGAGAAGGAGCGCAACCGCAUCAUUGAUGCUCUAAAGAGCUUCCGUAAGUCUACCUGCAUUCGCUUUGUCCGACGUAAAUCAUCUCAUCGUGACUACAUCCACUUUUUCUCAGGCCAAGGGUGUUGGUCCUACCUAGGACGUCAGAAAGGAGGACAGAAAAUCUCCCUGAAUAGAAAGGGCUGUUUCCGUUUUGGCACAAUACAACAUGAGAUACUUCACGCCCUGGGCUUCAACCAUGAACAGGUCCGCUCUGACAGAGACAAAUACGUUCGCAUUAUCUUCAAAAACAUUGAGGAAGGAAAGAGGGGCAACUUUGAAAAGAAGAAAACUAACAACUUGGGGACUCCGUAUGACUUCAACUCUGUCAUGGAAUACCCCAACAAAGCCUUCUCUAAAAAUGGGAAACCAACCAUCGUUGCCAAAUGCAACCCAAAGCUGAAGUUUGGACAACGCAUAAAAAUGGACGUCAAUGACAUCGCCCGUGUCAACAAGCUUUAUAAAUGCUAACUCCUUGGUUUGACGAGGUCGGGCUCCAGGUGGAUCAGGAUCGUAUUGCAUGUUUUUUCUUUUGGGGUCUGCUUUUCUACUAAAAACCAAUGAGAAAUAAACAGCAAGAAUCUAAAAUCACUUUUUUUCUGCUUUUCUUUGGCAUCUAGGGAUAAUAAACAAAUAUAGGACAAAAACAUUUAUGGCUCUUAAAGGGGAAAAAAAACAGCAAAAUUAAGGGGUUAAGGAAUUCUGCUUUGCAAUGAACCUUAUUUGUGAAAGAAUGUACUCAUUUUUCAAUAAAGAAGAAUAUGUAAAAAAA